UGGAAGGACUGAGUCUCUGCUUAAACUGGACCCAAUCAAACUACUGGACCUACAUUCAACUAAUCUGGACCAGAGAACUGGGCUGAACCAGAACCAGAACCUGGAGCAUCAGUCAGGACCAGAACCAGAACCAGAACCUGGAGCAUCAGUCAGGACCAGAACCGGACUCCUCUCAGCUGUUUUUGUGUUUUAACUCAUGAAACAUUGACACCCCAUGACCUCUGACCCCAUGCAUGUCUGAGAUGUUCCUCUGCUGCAGCAGGACUACAUUACCCAGAAUUCCACAGAAUCCAGCUGAUGACUGUUUAAUUAUAAAGCAACAGGAAGCUGCUGACCUCUGAUCAGAUUUGUCCCUGGAGCUUUUCAUAGGGGAGGAAAAUGGUUCAAUAUUUCAUAUCUGAAAAUCAGCCAGGAGUAUUUCAGAAGUUUAUGUUUUUGUUUUAGCAGGAGGCUGGAGGCGAGAUAGGAAUCUGAUGAUGACCUCUGAACCUCAGAGUUCAUCAGUGCUGAUCCAUAAAGCUCACUGCAGCACCGGCUGCAGCACUGGCUGCUCAUUAACAGGAUUCAUCACCUGCAUCAGGUGUUAAAGCGGAAACACUGAGAACAUGAAGGACAGGAAGUCCUGAGGCUGAACAGCGUUUUCUUGUAUCAUUGUUGUUGCUGAAAAUGUGACGUAAAUAAAAUGACCUGACCUUUCAUUGUUGUGUAACAGCGCCCUCUGGUGACAGAAUGUAGGCAUGUAACCAGGAAGCUCCACCUCAUUUUCAAACAUUUUAUGCCACGCCUCCAGUUUCAUCGCUUCCUGUUUACAAGUUUAAAUUAGUUUUUGUUUUUAUGUCUUUUCUCGGUUCUGGUUCUGGUUCUUGGACUCCAGGUGUUGGAAAUGUCCGCAGUUACCUGCUUGCUCUGCGGAAUCUCUCUGCUCUCUGCGGCUCUUCCCGUCUCUGUGUCCGCAGAUCAGCAGAUCAGAUCUGAAUCUGGACAGACGGUUGUUCUGCCGGGCCGCCUGACCAGCACAAACCCGGUUCUGGUCGUGGAGUGGCGCAGAACCGACCUGGGCUCAGAUUACGUUCUGCUGUAUCGGGACGAGCAGAUGGACCCGUUCAACCAGCAUCCGUCCUAUCAGAACCGGGUUGGACUGCAGGAUCUGGAGAACGGAGACGUGUCUCUGGUUCUGCAGGGCGGGAAGACGGAUGACAGCGGGACGUACGAGUGUCGAGUCGUUCAGACCGGGAAGAACCGCAGGAAGCAACUCAUUAGCACCGUCCACCUGGUUGUAGCUCCGCCCCCUCCGCCUGCUCGCUUUGAGAAACUCAAAGGAGACCAGAAAACCCGGCCCGGAUCAGAGGAGGAGGGAGGAAACCAGGAGGUGUUGACCUCUGACCCUACAGCUGGAAGUGAAGCUGAAGUGACCGACUGUGGAGGAAGCCAUGUUGGGGAGGCGCGAGCUCAAGCAUUACAAGUUCAGUUGGUUGAGAGCCAAAGAUCUGGGAGGCAGGAUGGAGAGAACCGAAACCAGAACCAGAACCAGAGCAGAACGGUUCCUGGACUGAUCGUUUCUCUCUCCUUAUUCUCUCUGGUUGUUGCUGCAUUUAUUUCUUUCUAUCUCUGGAAGAAGAAACAACCAGAAACUCAACCUGCAGUGAUCUGAAGAAACUCAUCUUCCACUGGCUGACUUCCUGUCAGUAAAAUAACAGUAAAUAUAUAAAAAAUUCCCUUCUCACCCACCAUGGGUGGUUCUUAUCCUCUGAGCUCGGGUCCUCUACCAGAGGCCUGGGAGCUUGAGGGUCCUGCAGUAUCUUGGCUGUGCCAAGGACUGCUGCACAUUUCUGGACUGAGAUGUCUGAUGUUGUUCCUGGGAUCUGUUGUAGCCACUGCUCCAGUUUGGGGGUUACU